GGUGGAAAAUCUGGCCGCCUGUGUUAGGAGAAGCCGUCAAAUGGCGCAACAGUCAGCGGACAUAUACGUCACCUUUUUGACGUGACACCAUUUUUUUCAUGUGCAAUAUACCAAGCUGCGGCUCGCAAACUCUUACGGUAUUAACCUGUACUAAAAAUAACUUCCCUGUGUCGGCCAAACCUAGCACAAAUGUGCAGUGUCAUGAUUAUGUCAGCAAACAGUGAGAGUAGGAUGAUGCCUUUACUAUUACAACGUUAUGACCCUCAUCGCCAAAUGUAACAAACGAAAAAACACUUUAGUUCAGGCUGUGGACUGUUAAGUGAACACACUGGCAUUCCUCAAGAUGUGAAGAGCUUGCGAUCGAGACACGGCGGCGCUUUACACAACUGUAGUCAUAUUCACGUAGCCCCAUGACCCACAUCACUGCCGCUAAUGUGGUCGUGUCAAAAGGGCGGUGUAUUGCGACAGCAGUGUAUGUGAACUAACACCUGGAAACACCUUCACCCGCAUUGAACGAUCGUUGAUCCUAGAAUUCAAGAUGUCGACGCCAGCGGAGAAAGCAAUGGCGGCAGAGGUCAAUGUUGACCUUGUGAUGCUUGAUGGAUGUGUGCAGGCUGCUUUUCUUGUAGACAAGUUGAAGACAGUAAAGUAUGUCCCCAUCCGUGACGACGACAUCUUACUCUGCACAUACCCAAAGUCAGGUACACACUGGACGUGGGAGAUCCUCAACAUGAUCGUGGCAGGCAAGGCUGAGUACGCCAAACACUGGCAGAAUUCUGCAUGGCUGGAAUAUAGGACCGAGGAAGAACUGGAGGAACUGGCAUCACCAAGGAUCCUUCACACCCAUUUACUUCCUAGCCAACUACCAGAUGCAGUAUGGGACAAAAGAUGUAAGGUGGUGUACGUCAGGAGGAAUGCAAAGGAUUGCUUGGUGUCGGCCUAUAGUCAGUACAGCAAGCAGAUCUGGAAGGACAACCCUUUAGGGAAACGAUCCUACACCGGCAUCUGGGAGGCCUUCAUUGAUCUUUUUCUGGACGGAUGCUUGAUUGGUGUACCCUAUUUCGAACACACAAUCGAGUGGAUCAACAUUUCUGAAGCUCACAAAGGUUUUGAAAUAUGCGGACUGCAGUAUGAAGACAUGAAAAAGGAUUGCGUCCAGGAAAUAAGAAGAAUGGCAGAUUAUCUAGGACGUCCUCUAUCGGAUACAACAUACCAUGCAAUAUCCGAGGCUUGCUCUUUCAAGAAACUGAAGCACGCUAACGAGAAGAUCAAAGAUCAAACCUACCACUUUCACUGGCAAGAUGGUUCAAGUGGAUAUUUCAGAAAAGGUACAACUGGUGACUGGAAGAACUGGUUCACUGUGGCCCAGAGCGAGCGAUUUGAUAAAGUAUAUGAAGAAAGGCUGAAGGAAACAUUUCCAUAUUAAUAAUGGUAGAAACAUGACUGAUCCUUCUCCAUUUGAGUUUAAUUGCACAAUCGACUGGAUGUGGAAAGGGUCUUGUCACUUUAAAUCUGAUAGGGACUAUGAAUAUUGCAUGUAUAAUGUACAAACGAACCUUAUUUCAUUAUAAUUGCAAUGACCUUUCAUGAUUCUGAAAAAAUACAUUGUUAACAUGCAGAUUAAACAGAAUUGUUUCAUUUGUUGCGUGUGUGUGACACUUUCCAGAAAUAUUUAUGUAAUAUGCG